GGGACAGAAGAGAAAUAAUAAUUGUUAAGCAUAUAGUCAAUGUUUCGAUAGAGAAAAGAGGAAACGGAGCACUUCGUAGCCCUGUUAUCAGCAGAGCCAGAGCAAACACUGGGGGUACCACAAGUGAGGAAGCCCCCUGGACAGGUCCCGGCUAUGCAGUUCUGGAUUUGGUGGUGGUUCUGUAUCUGAUGCACUCCUUCAUACCAAGGACCAAACCUAAUAGGCAUGCGAUCUGCACUUGAUAGUGGGAUGGGUCCUGGGGCUCUGAUGGGAAACCAGGCAUGACAGGCAGCUGUAGUCCUCGGUUUCUAAUGCUGAGAACCUGUGGAACCGAAGGGAGCGUGCAUAGACAGCUCUACACAUUUGUUCAGUGGAUUCUAGUGGAAUCUUUCCUUGUGUGUAUUGUGAACUUUAAUUCACCCUUUGUGAGUCAAAUCAGAAGUCUCUUUGCACCUAUUGUGCUGGUUUGACCAUCAUGCUGCCUACCUUAGUAAUUCUUGUGGGGUCUUGGGCAACAAUGCAAGCUGACUUACUUUCUGACAAAAAGGUUUUACUUCUGCCACCUGUCAAUUUUACCAUUAAAGCCACUGGAUUAGCCCAAGUUCGUUUACACUGGGACCCAAAUCCUGACCAAGAGCAAAACAAUGUUGAUCUACAAUAUCAUGUGAAAAUAAAUGCUCCACAAGAAGAUGAUUAUAAUACCAGGAAGACUGACAGCAAGUAUGUGGCCCCUCUGCAUGACGGCUUUGCAGCUAGUGUGAGAAGCAUCCUAAAGAGAAGCCACAUUUUCCUGGCCAGCAGUUGGGUUUCUGCUGAACUCAAAGCUUCACCAGGGUCUUCUGGAACCUCGGUUAUGAAUUUGACGUGUGCCACAAACACUGUCGUGAGUAGUCACACCCACUUAAGGCCAUACCAAGUGUCUCUUCGCUGCACCUGGCUUGUUGGCAAGGAUGCCCCUGAAGACACACAGUACUUCCUAUACUAUAGGUUUGGUGUUUGGACUGAAGAAUGCCAAGAAUACAGCAGAGAUACACUGAACAGAAAUACUGGAUGUUGGUUUCCCAGGACGUUUAUCAACAGCAAAGGGUUUGAGCAGCUUGCAGUGCACGUUAAUGGCUCAAGCAAGCAUGCUGCAAUCAAGCCCUUUGAUCAGCUGUUCGCUCCACAUUCCAUUGAUCAAGUAAAUCCUCCAAGGAAUGUCACAGUUGAACUUGAAGAAACUUCUCUUUAUAUCCAAUGGGAGAAACCAGUUUCUGCCUUUCCAGUCCAUUGCUUUAACUACGAAUUGAAAAUUCACAACACAAAGAAUGGCUACUUUCAGAUGGAAAAACUGGCCACCAACAAAUUCAUCUCAAAAAUUGAUGAUGUUUCUACAUAUUCUAUUCAAGUGAGAGCAGUUGUGAGCUCAUCUUGCAGAGAAUCUGGAAGCUGGGGCGAGUGGAGUCAACCUAUUUAUGUGGGAAAGGAGAAGAAGCUCUUGGCAGAAUGGCAUCUCAUUGUGUUUCCAGCAACCGCCUGCUUUGUCUUGUUAAUUUUCUCACUCAUCUGCAGAGUGUGUCACAUAUGGAUCAAGCUAUUUCCACCAGUUCCAGCCCCUAAGAGCAACAUUAAAGAUCUUCUUGUGGUGACUGACUAUGAGAAAGCUGCUUGGAAUGAAACCAAAAUUGAAGUUGUAAGUUAUGUGGAAGAGGCUGGAUUUGAAGUCAUGGAAAACUCCAUAUUUUAAUGGCAUCGUGAUAUUCUGAAAAGAAUUCACAUAGGACUCCAUGAUAAAGGCAAGAACUGAUAUUUUUUGGCAACCAGGAAUUUCAAAUGAACACACAGCACACAAUUUGAUUGCGAGGCAACGAAUCCAGACACACGAGUCUCCAAUGUCUCAUCUCCUUAAGUGUACAAAUCUCAUCAAACCACCUGGCUCACAGCAGGACAAUGAACACAUCUGAGCAGGGCACCUCGUUUUCCCACCCACAGUAUAUAAAGUAUCACCCGGCCUGGUUAUGCAGGCCAGUCUUUGCAAUUUGCAUGACUUACUUUGAAUAUUUUGCACAGGAGACAGUUUUUCAAGCUAAUAUCACAUGUUAAUUUGGUUUGAGAUGCCAACAGUAGCACUUUUAGCUACAGUGAUGGGAAGAAACAGUGGAACCCAUCCAGAGUGAACCCAAUUACAGGACUGUCUUUCCCGCAGCAAGUGGAAGCUAUCAUUUCAUGGUGCUUUUCCCCUUCGAGUUCUAGAAUACUUCUUUCAGGAACUGAGUCUGUGUGUUGGGGUGUGGGAUGAAGCAAUGUGGAGCCAGAAACAAAGACUAUGUCCAGUUCCAUAUGCCUGUCUCAGGAAGCAUCCCAGCCAAAGUAACUAAAAAUGUGCACUAAGACAUCAUGACUGGGUCUAAGGAGAUGAAUGGCUCAGUUGGCCAAGUGCUUGGUGAAGAAGCAUAAGGACCUGAGACUGGUGACCCAGCCCCAAGGAAACAGCAACCAAACAGUGCAAGCAGCACGAGCCUCUGAUCCUAGUGUGGGCAAAACAAAGAUGAGAGGCUCCAUGGGCCCUGUUGGUCACUCUGGCCACAAAGAUGGGAUACUCCAUUGGAACUGAUGGUCACUCAGUGAGAGAUCCUGUCUCAAAAAAUUUAAUGUGGAAAGUUAUUGGGGAGAACCCCUGACACCGGCCUUUGGCCUAUAUGCACACGUACACACAUGAACACACACACACACACACAUACACUAAAAAUAUCAUGCCCCAUCAAGAGAGAAGACAGGAGUUUGUUGAAGGAUUACAUUUUUCAAGUUUUUCCUUGGUACUAUGGAAAUAAACAUUGAACAUAAUUCUGCUGUGAAGGUGAUUGCUAGAUCUAGAAUGUACUUCCAAAAGAGAUGUUUGAUGCAAGGGCCUUCAGGGCGACUUAUUGGUCAACUAGUUUUUGUUCAACCUUAUUCUCUUAAGUUAGGGUUUUCUAGAAGUCAUCUCAGUACACAUUAUAAUGGUAUAGAAAUGUAUUCUCUCAAUGUCUUCAUAUAUGAGGCCGUAUUUAUAAGUCUUUGCAAUGGGCAGUGGGCUUGAAGUAGAAGCAAGCACAAGUAUGCUCUGGGAGGAGGAAUAGUUAGUAGUAGACAGGACCCUAGUGGUACUGAUUUUACAUAGUUCUGAGGCAAGGAGCUUGAGACAAUGAAAGGAGAUGAUGGCACUUCAAAUCAACACCGUGGACCACUUUUUAAUACUUUAUAGAGCUGGUUUAGUUAGUUUAGAUACUCUGGGUGAGGUAUCCAAGGAGUACCCACUAUCUGUUACAUGGUUUUUCUGAUUUAGCAUAUAACCGGCUGAACAAUUAUGGACAUCUGCCAAUACUGGACUUCUCCGAGGGUCAGAACACACUAUAGCAGGUUUUCUGUGCUGUCUCUCUGGUCUUCACAAGUCUGUGCUCUGCCACAGUCAUAUGCAUUAUGGCCUUCAUAUUAAAGAUACAGGAAAUGGGGAUGAGAAAGGUCAAUAGCCAGGAAAGGGCACAGCAAUGAGCUGAAUAUCACACUCGGCAGACUGCAGUAACACAGAGGAGGCUAUCACAUAAAAGCUAAAGUUGGGGCCCUAGAGAGAUGGCUCAGUGGUUAAGAGCACUUAACUGUUCUUCCAGAGGUUUGUGUUUAAUUCUGAGCAACUGCAUGAUAGCUUACAACCAUCUGUAAUGGGAUCAGAUUCCUUCUUCUGGUGUGCAUGAAGACAUAGGUCAUAGAAUACAUGGAUAAAUAAAUCAAAAAAGAAAAAAAAGGAAAUGCUGAAGUUGGCUUUAGGGCUCAGACUAGGAAGUUGAGGCCCAUGGAAGUAUUACUAUCAUUGGAAAAAUUUGUAUUUGACCAACUAACUGGCCAAGAAUCUAUGAAAAAUGGUGCUAAAAGAAUCUCUAUAAAGGGAGUCAAGAAUGUGCAU